UAUUGAUACUGCAGGCGUGCUGGGGAAAAACCAACUUAAUAUAAUUUGCAUCAAAAUAAAACGAGACAUCCCCCGAAAGUAACAACAAGCAUAGAAACGUUUAAAUAAGCUCCGCAGUUCGUAAUAAAGUGCCAAUGAUGAAGAAAGUGUUAUUAACGAAAUCGCAACACGUUCGUGUGAUUACGCCAGAUAUAAUGAAAAAAGCACCAAACGGUGCCACAACUCCGCCCAUAAUCAGUUCUUCGAGCGUGCGUGUUAUGCACAUACCAACCAAUGUUAUCACCAACACAUAUAUGCAGCGCAAAUCCUUUCAGUCCAUUUACGAGGACAUAUUCAAGUUGCUUAUGCGCCUGCCCGACAAGGCCCUGCAGCAGCGCGUAAUUGACGCUAUCAACGGUCGUAAUGAUAAGUCGGCUAUCUUGAAUCCUAAUCAGUGUAAACAAUGCUCUAUAAAUGAACAAAAACAAAAGGCGCUCAAAGUGAAUGCGUCAACGCAAACCGAUACAAUAGAGACUAAACAGACUAAAGAAUUAGAAAUUGCCAAACAUAUACAACCAGUGAAAUCCGUUAAAAAACAAGAAUGCCCCGUUGAAACAAAAUCAGCUGUCACAAGCAGCCCACACAAUGAGAUUCCCACGGAAACGGCUAAGAAAGUGCCACGAAAACGCGGACGCAAGCGAAAUACAUGUGUGCCGCAGGUGGUCAAGCGAUCGACGGCCCAAAUGGCGUUGCAGGAGCGCGAGGAGAAACAACUGACACCGUUGCCGCCGCAGAAAAAGAACAAAGUGGACAAUUCCGAGCCCAGCCCUUCUGCCAGCCCCACGCCCCAGGGAAAUGCCAUGCAACGUCGAGAUUCAAUCAUGUCCAAUCUAUCCAAUCUUAGUGACAUAAAUGUGCUCGAGCUAUGCAAUCAAAUGGACAAUUACAUCAACAAUGACAAUGAACGCACCAUUUUAUUGAUGAUGGAAAAAGAGUUCUUACGAGCUGAAGAAAUGUCCGCGGAGGGUUUGCUGCCCAUACACGAUGCCAUGUUAGCUGGAGAUGUUCAGUGCGUGCAGCGACAGGUUUAUGUGUGGACCAAGUUGAAGGGAAACAAGGAUUUCAAUGAAAUACUCAGCGCCGAUGGUGAGGAUUGUCUGCAGCUGGCGCUAACCAACGACUGCGAUCCAGAAAUUGUUCGAGUUGUGCUCAAUGCCGGCGUGUUGCCCAAUCAUAUCUACGAGGACGCCAAUACGGCUCUGCACAUAGCCAUUAUUAAUAAUGUACAGUUGGAGUCGCUGCGGGAGCUGAUGCAGCGGAUAGACCUUAAUCUCCUGCUGCAAAUCAACGAUGAUGGCUACACAGCGCUCCACAUUGCUGUGCGCUACAAUCGCUACAGAAUGGCUGAGAUUAUAUGCGACACCAUCGAUCAGAGACAGUUGGGUGCAGCCAUCUAUAGGCGUGCAUCCGAAGAAGUGAAGGAAACAAACGUGGAAGCCAACAAUAAAUGUGAUGAGAAAACAUUUGCCAAAUACUAUGAGCGCGCCUGCGACAGAUUGGAGCACAACAAGGAGAAGCUGCUGAGACGCCAGCUGAAGCACGAGAUACUGAAUGCCACCGAAGCGCGUGCGGGCAAUGCAAGUUUGUUCUAUGCCGUUGAAGGCGAGCUUGAACAUUUGUGUUACUUUCUCCUGGCUCAUCUGGCCAAUCCCGAUGAGGAGAACCUCAGCGGGCAUAGCCCUAAAUCGUUUCAUUAUGAAUAUGCUCGUGUCUUGCGCAUUAAUUUAAAAGUUUCUCGUAUCAUGGAUAAGGUUAAUGGCAUUUUAAAUGGAAAAACUAGAUGAAACCUAUACUAAUC